AUGGAACCUCAACACAGCGAGAUAGUCAUAAAAUUCAAGCCCUUGUAUGAUAAAAUUUUACUGGUAUUGAACCAAGGACCAUCUCCCAAGACUAGACUAACUUUUACUUUAAUAGCUUCCCUAAUACUGGCCGAGUCGGGUACUGAUCUAAGUAAGACGGAAGCAUUAAGAAUGUACGCGCAAAACAUGAUCAGAAUAAGUGGCUGCUUAUCGGCUCUUUGUCAUUUAUUCACAAACUCUAUGCUGCAACACGAAACCUGGAUUACCCUCUGCAGAGCUCUGAGUGAGGCAUGCCACAAGUCCGUGCUAAAUCAGAAUUAUUGUUCCCACCUGAUACCUCUGUGUAUAGAACGCUGCCGCCGCAGUAACACGGAGGUUCUGCUCGUACUACACAGCCUGCUGGUCGACCACCACACAAAUAUUAAAGUGUUCUAUGAAUCCGAUGGAAUGUCGGUUUUCACCAGAGAAACCCUCCUGCAUACGUCGUAUCUGAGCACACUCAACACCGUCAUCGAAGGCACUAAGCCCUCGCAUCGCGAGUACGUUAGAAACUCCAACAGCAUAUUCCAAUGUCUGCGCCGAUGGGUACUCACUGACGAGAGCGGCUCUGCGGUAACAAAAUGGGCUGUAGUAGUUUUGUACUCGAGAAAAAAACUCCUCGGAGCAGACGAAAAGCUAUGCUACGAACCAGUGAAUUGUGAAAAUGAUAACAAUAACAAAAAUAAUUCUAAUUUUGUCGGUAUCCAAAACGGUUCUACUACAGAACAUAAGGAAGAAUUUGUAGAAAAUGGUAAUUCUGAAACUCAGGAUCUAUUCAGAAAUGUAAUGAAGGAAGUGUACGACUGGAAAUGUAAAAAGGAACCUUCAUCAGAAACAUGA